AUGGUUGAAUCAAAUUUAAACUCAAGAAAUUCAAGAAAUUCAAAAAAUUCAAAAAAUAACAAUAAUAAAGUUAAAAAUAUGUUUAGUAACAAUACAAGCAAUCUUAUAUUGAAUUUCCCAAAUGAUGAUCAUUUGAUCGAUUUGACUCCAAGAGAUCUAUCAAAUGUUAAGACUACUUAUUCAACGAAAUCAAGUAAUAACAAUAAUUCAAGUAGUAAUAAGAAUAAAAAUAGAAACACAAAUGCAAAUGCAGGCGAAAAUGUGUCUUCAACGGCAACAUCUUCUAAGAAUAAUAGUAUUACUUCUCAAUUCAAUAGAACUAAUAUGACUGAAUCAAUCCAUUCAUUACCUUCAUCUCAAGAUCAACAACAACAACAACAAUCAAAUCCACUCUCACAAACUAUACCUCCAUCAUCAUCACAACCACAGCAGCAACCACAACAACAACACUUCCCUCAUCAAGCAAUAUUAUCAAAAGAUGCUUUGUUUUAUAAAUAUCCAAUGGAUAUUAAACUUUGGACAGAAUUACAAAAUUUGACAAUCCAUUACACAAAAUUAUCUCAUGAAAUGUUUGUGAAAAAUAAUAGAUCUGAAUUUACUAAAUGUUUUAAUUAUUUAUCCAAUUUGAUUGUAUUCACUCAAUUGUCAUGUAGACUAAUUCAACAAUUAAUUAAGUCAAAACAAUAUAAUAAAGAUAUUAAGAAAUAUUUGAAAAAUUUAAUCUCAUCAUUAUCAAAAAUCAUAAUAAAUUCAAGAAUUUAUUUCGAUACUUCAUUCAUGUUAAAAUAUGAAUUGAAAACUUCAAGCAAUUCAAAUACAAAUAAUGAUAAUAAUAAUAAUAAUAAUAAUAAUAACAAAAAAACAAUGGUCGAAGAAGAUAUACCUGAUGAAAUGAUAAUGCCCAAUAGGACUAUAACGAUCGACACAGACGCAUCCAUUGCAAAUGUUAAUGACGAUAUAGAAGGAAGUUCACCAAAGACAAAAAGAUUUGUAUCUACAUCAUCAUCAACAACUAAUACUAGUAGCAUCAUUAAUAAUAACAAUAAUAAUAAUAAUUAUACGAAAAGAACUAUAAGUACAAGCACUAAUGAUACCAUAGUUCCAAAUAAUAAUAAUAACAAUACAACAAUGAGAACAAGAAAUUCAACCCUUGAUAAUUUUGAGAAUCCAUUCAUUUAUGAUAAUAAUAAAAGAUUACCUUCUACUUUAUCUACCCCAAGAACUUCAUUGGCUAAUAGUCUUAAUAUUUCAAAUAACAACAACACAGUAGGAAUAAAUGAUACUCCAUCUUCCACGAAUAUAAUAAACCAAAAUUUCAAUACAAACGGUAGCACUCAUGAUGAAGAAAAUAGAAGGAAAAUACGUCAUAAAUCCAUAUUUGAAAUAAUAGAUCAAGAAUUUUUAAAAUUCUAUAAAAAUAUUCAAAUGUUACAUCAUGUCUUGCAAACUUCAGUAUUAACCACGGCAGAUGCAUUAUUAUUACCACAAAUAUUACCACGAUUCUUUAAAGGUUCAUUUAGUGGUGGUUCAUGGACAAACCCAUUCAGUGGAUUCAUUUAUUCUGAUUCUAAAGAUACCAUUACGACAAUAACAUCAAACCCUUCAAACCCUUCGAUAGUUACCUCAAGAAAUUCAUCAUAUAUCGAUGGUAGUAGUACUAAUAAUAGUAUUAAUAUUUAUGGGGGGAGCGGAUAUGGUGGGUUUGUCUCUGGGUUACCACCUAAGAUGGCUGAAGCAAUUGCUCAAGCAGCUGGACAAAAUCCAAUAAGUAGUAGUACAUCAAGUAAUAAAUUGGAUGAUUUAAGUACCAAUGGAACAUCUCAGCAAGGUGCACCAUCUACAACCACAAUGACAAUGACUACUUUAAAUUCAUCUUCUACAUUCUUCAAUAGACCAUCACAUGAUAGAACGUUUUCAAGGUCAAGAAUCUCAAAGAGGAAAACUUUAUACCCAUUAAAUUAUAAUACAUUGAAUCUAAUGAAAAAAAUUUCAAAAGAAAUUUAUGAUAAAUUUGAUGGUGAUAUUGGAUCAGAUAUAUCAAUAUGGGACGGACCAAUGACUAAAGCUAAGAAUCUAGAAAUAAAUUCUAAAACAUACGAACAAAUUAAUAGAAACAUUUCCUUUGUGGAAAUAUUAGAAAAUUUAGAUUUAACCAUAUUCAUAAAUUUGAAAAAAUUAAUUAAAUCACCUCCAAAGAUAUUGGAUUUUGAAAGCGAAGAAUUCUUAAAACAUGCAAUGUUAUCCAUUUCCACGAUCAUCACUGAAUUUUUCGAUAUAAAGCAAGCUUUCCAUGAUAUAGUUGUUAAAUUAAUCAUGACUACACAACAAACCACUCUAGAGGAUCCUUACGUUUUCGCAUCAAUGAAAUCGAAUUUCAAAAUCGGUUAUUAUGAACCAAUGAAUUACGGUCUCUCAUCAUCAUCACUAGAUGAAACCACUAGCAAUACUAAGUUAGUAAUGUCUACAAAAUUAAUGAGGAAGACAGAGAAGUUUGCAUCAGCAUUGUAUAAAAACUUGAUUGAUCAAGAUGUGGAAACAAACAGACAAGAAUUCUUGAAUGUUAUAGAUGAUUUUAGAAACGUUUGUGAAAAAUACGUAGAAAUUUCAAAUAUUUCUUGCUUCAUUGUGGAACAAUUGAUUGAAGAAAGAGAAAAUCUUUUAAAUUAUGCUGCUAGAAUGAUGAAAAAUAAUUUGACUACUGAAUUAUUGAGGGGUGAACAAGAACGUUGGUUCGAUUAUCCUACUGAAUAUAAUUCUGAUGAUGAAUUUAUUGAUGAUGAUGAUGAUGAUGAUGAUGAUGAUAAUGACGACGAGAUUGAUGAUGACGGUGCGAAUGAGAAUGAUGGAGAAAUUCAUAGCAAUGCCGUUACUGAUGAUGAUCAUGAUGAAAAUGACAAAUCUGCCAUUAAGAUAAAUGAUGAGGAAGCAACCGUUGAUGGAAGUUUAUUAACUAAAGAAGAAAGUGAUACAACGGAAAGUGAUGUUGAUAAAGAUGCUCAAUCUGAUAAUGAACUAUGGUUUUUACAAUCAGAAUAUCAAUCUUAUUUGAUAUAUGAUUCCAAGGGUAAAAUAAGAGGUGGUACUAAAGAAAGUUUAAUUGAACAUUUAACUAGUCAUCAACUAAUUGAUCCCGCUUUUAGUGUUGUCAUGUUAAUUACUUUUAGAAGUAUAAUGACAACGAAAGAAUUCUUUUUUGCCUUAAUUUAUAGAUAUAAUCUUUCACCACCAGAAGGAUUAAGUUUUGAUGACUAUAAUAUUUGGAUUGAGAAAAAAUUGAUGCCAAUUAAAUGUCGAGUAAUCACUAUAAUGAAUACAUUUUUACAAAGGUAUUGGACUCCAAAUUAUUUGGAAAGUGGUCUUUCUGCUUUAUCCAACUUUGCUAAUUUUGCCAUCAGUGAAAAUAUUCCUGGUUCAGAAGAACUCCUACAAAGAAUCGAAGAUAAUAUAAUAAAUAUUCCUACGAAGCAUAACAUCGUCAAUGAGAGCUCAAAUAGUGAUAAUGUGAUUACCAAGGAUUCACACAAACCUUUAUCUGGAACAUUGAAGGAUAAAAUACAUUCUGUUGAAGAUGCAUUAUCGAUCAUUGAUGAUACAACUACCGUUCACACAAGCAAUAACAAUAAUAAAAGUAGCAUAUCAUCAAAUCCAGAUUACCACUCUAGUUCGAAUUCUUCAUUAAAUGCGUUGAAAAACCUGACUAGUCCAGUAUUGUUGCAUCCAACAAAUGCGGCAACUAAUGUAUUUUCAAGGCUAAAGAAACCUAAAUUGUUAGAAACGGAUGCUUACACAUAUGCGGAACAAUUAACGGUAAGAGAACACGAACUUUAUUUAGAGAUUAACAUGUUCGAAUGUUUAGACAGAGCAUGGGGUUCCAAAUAUUGUAAUAUGGGGGGAUCACCAAACAUAUCCAAAUUUAUUUCCAAUGCAAACGCUUUGACGAAUUUUGUUUCUUACACAAUUGUUAGACAUACAGACGUUAAAAAGAGAGCUAAAUUGAUUGAAUAUUUUAUUGUAGUGGCACAGUAUUGUAAAGAAUUGAAUAAUUUCUCAUCAAUGACAGCAAUUGUUUCUGCAUUAUAUUCCUCACCAAUUUUCCGUUUAAAGAAAACUUGGAAAUUAAUACCUAUUGAAGCUAAGAAAGUGUUAAGAAAAUUGAAUAAUUUGAUGGACUCAAAGAAGAAUUUCAUUAAAUAUCGUGAAUCAAUAAGAGGUAUUAAAGAUGUCCCAUGUAUACCAUUUUUCGGUAUCUAUUUGUCAGAUUUAACCUUUACAUUUGUAGGUAAUCCAGAAUAUUUGCAUGGUAGUACAGAUAUUAUCAAUUUUAGUAAAAGGUCAAGAAUUGUAGAUAUUAUUGAAGAAAUCUUAAGCUUUAAGAAAUUCCAUUAUAAAUUAAAACGUAAUGAAGAUAUCGAGAAUAUGAUCCAAGAAUCGUUAAAUAAUGGGCCACAUAUUGAGAAACAGUAUCAAUUAUCAUUAAAGGCUGAACCAAGAAUAGAGAAUACAAAUGGUGGUGGGACCAACCUAUCGAAUGAUAUCUUGAGUGAUGAAACAGACGAUGACGAUAGCGAUCCCAAUGAUCAUCACCACCAUCAUCAUCAUUUACAUCAAUUACAACAUAAUAUUGGUCCAAACAAAACUAAUAGACAUCACAGUCAUAGUCAUCAAGGUACAAAUCAUCAUAACUCAUCAAAUGGUAACGAUUUCGACGAUAAAGACGGACAAGUCAUCAAAUACGGCAAAAAGAAACAAUCUGCCAAAUUAUUUGGUUAA